AUGUCUUUAAAAUAUUUACCCAAUCGAAUCUUAUUUCAAAAUAAUAAAUUGUUUAACAUUAACUUAUUUUCGUCCAUUUUUAGACAACAAUACCAUAAAAUUAAUAUAAGAAAAAGAUAUUUAGCAACGGUAUCAUCAUCUACAUCAUCAGAUUUAUUAGAAAAUAUUUAUGAUAUUGUAAUAGUUGGAGGUGGUAUAUCGGGAAGUGCUUUAGCAUGUGCUUUAGCAUCAUCUUCAAAAAUAACUGGAUCACAAAAACGUGUCGCAAUAAUUGAAUCUAGUGAUACAUCGAACAUUAAAGGAUGGAAACCUAUAAAAGGAGAAUUUUCUAAUCGUGUUAGUUCGUUAACGCCACGGUCUGUUGAAUUUUUUAAAGGUAUAGGAGUAUGGCAAAAUAUUGAAGAAGAAAGAAUAAAACCAUUUAAGGAUAUGCAAGUAUGGGAUGGAAUAAGUGAUGCAAGAAUUAAAUUUAACAACGAGAAUACUGGAAUUGGACCAUUAGCAUGGAUAUUGGAAAAUUAUAAUAUUCAUCAUGCAAUACUUAGAACACUUGAUCAAUAUAAAGAGGAUAGUGAUGUCGAUUUUCUUGAUAAUACAAAAGUACAAAAAAUUUCUUUUGAUAAAGAAAAUAAGGAUGAACCAUUUGAUUUAUCAGAUUGGCCUUGUGUUGAAUUAAGUAAUGGAAAAAAAUUGAAAACUAGAUUAUUGGUUGGAGCUGAUGGAAUUAAUUCACCUGUAAGAUCUUUUGCCAAUAUUGAUUCAUUGGGUUGGGAUUAUAAUUCGCACGCGGUCGUGGCUACUUUACAUGUUGAUUCAAACGUUGAAAAUAAAACUGCAUGGCAAAGAUUUUUACCAACCGGUCCGAUCGCUAUGUUACCGCUCCAAAAUGGAUAUUCUUCGAUGGUGUGGUCAACAACCCCAAAUCUUGCAAACAAAAUUAGAUCAAUGUCAUCAAAUGAUUUUGUGCACUUAGUUAAUGCAGCAUUUCAAUUGCGUAUGGCAGAUUUAGAAUAUUUUUAUUCACAAUUAGGAGAUGGAGAAUCAGUAGAUUUUCAAAAUGAAUUUGAAUGGAGAAAAGAUGUUCAAUCAAAGAAUUCUAAUUAUAAAGAAGAAUUUCCUCCUAUAGUUUUAGGUGUGCAAGAAAAGACUCGUGCCGGAUUUCCAUUAAGAAUGAGAAAUGCCGAAAGUUAUAUUAAAGAAAGAAUUGUGCUUGUUGGAGAUGCAGCUCAUACGAUACAUCCAUUAGCUGGACAGGGACUUAAUCAAGGAUUGGCAGAUGUACAAUGCUUAUUAAAAGUUAUUGAACAAGGAAUUAUCAACGGACAAGACAUAGGAGAUAUAAAUCUAUUAAGAGAAUAUUCAUCAGAAAGAUAUUUUGCCAAUAUUAUGAUGCUUGGAGUUGUAGAUAAAUUACAUAAAUUAUUUGGUACAAGCUUAACACCUAUUGUAUUAGCUAGAUCAUUUGGAUUAAAAGUUUUAGAUAAUUUUGAUCCGAUAAAAGCGGAAAUCAUGAAAUUUGCUAUGGGAGCCGAAUGA